AUCCCCUCGAUUGAGUGAUGUGUGAGGCAGCUCCUGUGAUGACCCAAACUGAGGUCCAAGCCGGACCGUGUAGAGAUGGUAGGAACCUCAAGAGUGAGGCUGAUGUUAAAGGCUUCACUGCGGAGGAGUUUACUAAGGUUGGGCCGUCUGUGUGUGCUAUACAAUCAGCUAUCCCCAUGCACUGUCGUGAUAGGAGCCUGUCAAGGUCUGUCCUAUGCGUCAUCAGGGAUCUCCUCUACAUAACAGCAUGUGCUGCUGUGCAGUACUCUCUGUUGGCGUUAGUACCCCCGGACUCAACCCUCCUGAGGGCAGUCCUCUGGGGUGUUUACAUUUUCUGGCAAGGCGUCUUUUUUACUGGUAUUUGGGUGAUGGGCCACGAGUGCGGCCAUGGGGCUUUUUCCCCUUAUUCUAUGCUGAACGAUAGUAUUGGUUUUGUCCUCCACUCGGCCCUCUUGGUACCCUACUUCAGCUGGCAGUACUCCCAUGCGAGGCACCAUAAGUUCACCAACCACGCUACUAAGGGUGAGAGCCAUGUCCCCAGCCUGGAAAGUGAGAUGGGCGUAUUCAGUCGUAUACAGAAGGCCCUGGAGGGUUAUGGUCUCGAUGAUGUCUUCCCAGUCUUCCCUAUAGUGAUGCUCCUGGUUGGGUAUCCUGUGUAUCUCUUCUGGAAUGCAUCAGGUGGGCGUGUGGGCUACGAUCGCCGUCCGUACAGCGACACUAAGCCAUCUCAUUUCAAUCCCAACGGUGGCCUUUUCCCUCCUUAUAUGAGAGAGAAAGUCCUCCUUAGUGGAGUUGGCUGUAGCAUAACCCUCCUUAUUUUGGCCUAUUGUGCUGGGAGGGUAGGCCUUAGCAGUGUAUUGUUGUGGUAUGGUUGUCCCUACCUUAUGACCAACGCCUGGCUAACGCUGUAUACCUCCCUACAGCACACGCAUGAAGGAGUCCCCCAUUAUGGCGAUGAGGCUUUCACCUUCAUCAGAGGUGCCUUAGCUUCUAUCGAUCGUCCACCGUAUGGCAUUUUCUCUACGCAUUUUCACCACGAAAUUGGCACCACUCAUGUUCUGCACCACAUUGAUUCUAGGAUCCCCUGUUACCAUGCUAGAGAAGCCACUGAUGCUAUCAAGCCUAUUCUGGGGGAUUACUAUAGGGAGGAUGGUACUCCUAUAGUAAAGGCAUUUUUGAAGGUCCACAGAGAGUGCAAGUUCAUCGGAGGCCUCAACGGCGUCCAGUUUUACCGUCCUGGGCAGCGGCCGCAGCAGCAGCCCUGCGGCAGCAACGCUCGCACUUCUCGUAGGUAG